ACUCACUAUCUUCUCCCCCUUCUUCCCAUUUGAACCCUAGAAGAGUAGAGGGCAAAUUGUACCAACAAUGACUGUUGGGUUCCAUCGAACCCAACGCCUAGGUUCGAUGGAACCCAAAAGCUGGGUGCCUGGGUUCUUUCAAGAACCCAAGCGCUCGGUUCGUUGGAACCUAAGCCUUGGGUUCCUUCAAGAAUCUAGGCGUUGGGUUCCUUCGAGAAUCCAGGCGUUGGGUUCGUUGGAACCUAGGCACUGGGUUCCUUCGAGAACCCAAGAGCUAGGACUGAAAUUGAACCCAGAAUUCUUCCCCCCUGCAGAAAAAUCCCGGUUCUACUCUGCUUUGUUUCUUCCAUCUGCUGCUCCUGCUUUGUUGGGGCGAAUUGGUCUGGUUUCUGGUAGACCCGUGAGUUUCCCCUACAGAUUCCCGCCGGCUUCCCCUAGCUUGCAGCUUCGGUUUCUGCUGGCUGAAAUUCUGGUUUCUGAUUGUUCUGUCAGUUUAGUACUGAGAUUGAGUCCUCGGUUUAUGCGAGUGAGUCAUGUUAUUCGUGUGCUUGCUAGUGGGAGGUUUAUAAACGCUAGCACAUGUUGAGGUUUAUAAACGUUAGCACAUCUUGACAUGUUACUGAUAGAACCGGUUCGUUUCUGUUAUCCUGCUAGUGGGAUUAUACACUAGUAAAUCGUAUGCCCACCAGUGGGAGGUUUAUAAACGCUGGCCAUGACCUAUAGAGGAGACGUCUAUUUCAUUCCCGUAUUAUAUCCGUUUUUCGUGAUUAUACUUGUUGGCAUGCUAUAAGUUUAAUUAAGGGCUAUCCAUAUU